GCUGCGCCUGGUUUUCAGGUGCCUGCCUGGCUGGAAGUGCCAUGGAGGCCAAGGGUGCUGAGAAGGCAGCUCUGCGAACGCCCAAGUGCUCCCGCUGCCGAAACCACGGCUUCGUGGUGCCGGUGAAAGGCCACACGGGCCACUGCCGCUGGAAGCUGUGCCCUUGCGAGAAAUGCGCGCUCAUCACAGAGCGUCAGAAGAUCAUAGCAGCCCAGAAGGCGUUGUGGAGGCAGGGCCCAGACCCCCUGCCGGGGGGGGUGUCGCUACCUGCACCCUGCACCCCAGGCCACGGCGAAGGAUGGGAGAUGCCUGCUGUCAGCUCCAGCGCCUCCGAUCAGAGCAGCCACGCGGUCGGGCAUGAGGGAGCCAAGGCUGUCCCAGGACCAGGCGGCAGCAGCAGAACGGUGACCCGCAGGGCACUAGACGCCCCUGGCUCCCCGCCCUUUGGGGACUUCGCCUACCCUGCUCUGCCUCCAGAGUGCCUGGUUAGCCCAGAAUUCCUCGAGCGAGAGCCUCCGAAAGUGUACCCGGGGUAUUCGGGUAUGUACCCUUACCACCGAUUCCCUAUGGGCUUUGCCAUCAAUCAGCCCAGCUGCAAGGGCAUACCAGCAUCUGCAGGGAUCCCCCUCCACAGAGGUUACAGACACGGUCCCAGCAGCCACGUACCAGCAAGUGCAGCUUCUCUGUCGAUUCCAGAUGCAGGUGGAGAUUUCCGACAAGGUUACUACUCUCCGCUUCCUCAGUUCAUACCGCCGGGCUUCCUGCCGGGGAUCCGCUACGUUCCAUCACCGCCCUUCCCACUCGGCGUUCCGCCUGACGCCUCCAAGGACGCAGCUGCGGCCUUCCCCGAUAGCCAGGAAUCCGGAGUGAUCUGCGAAUGCAACCAGCCAUCUUCUCAGGAGGAAACGGAUGGAGAUCAUACCGUGUACUCCAAACAGUAAAUGCUCCAGGGAACAGCUGGGUAGCACCCAUCACACUCUUCCUGACAGGGAAGAUCAUCAGUUAAUUGUGGGCUAGAUUAGAAGAGGGGAAUUCACCUAUUUUAUAGUCGUAUUAGGACUACCAGCAUCACUGCUA